AUGCUGCGUACUCUGAUUCUCUUGUCUGGUGUCCUGGGGGCCGCCAAGGCCAGUCCCAUCUCGGGCCCCCAGGAGUGUGCCAGGGGCUCUGAGGUAUGGUGUCAGGACCUGCAGGCAGCUGCAAGGUGUCAGGCUGUAAGGUACUGCCAGAGUGCUGUGUGGAGCAAGCCGAUAGUCAGGUCCUUGCCCUGCAGUGUGUGCCAGGAUGUGGCAGCCGCUGCUGCUAACGGGAUGAACCCAGAUGCUACAGAGGCUGACAUUUUGGCAUCAGUGAUGAAGACCUGUGAGUGGCUUCCACACCCGGAAUCUUCAGCUAAGUGCAAGUGGAUGGUGGACAACCACAGCCCAGCUGUUCUGGGCAUGCUCAGUGGAACUCCAGGCACUGGCCUGGCUCCGGUAUGCACUGCGCUCACCCUCUGUGAGCCACUACAGAGGCACCUAGCCACUGCCACCUCAGAGAGACCACUGACUCAGGAGGACGCAACUGAGAUGACAUCUCCAUUCUUGUCCAACGGGGCCCUCAGCUUCCACCCAUCACAGAUGCCUGGGGGUGCCGUAUGCCAAGAUUGUAUCCAGCUGAUAUCCCGACUCCAGGGUGCUCUAGAGUCUAACUUAACCUUGGCAGAGGUAACUGUCCAGGAUCAGUGUGAAUCCCUGGGGCCUGGCCUGGCUGCCCUCUGCAAGAACUACAUCCGCCAGCAAUUUGUCCCCACUAAGCAGACACUGCAGAUUCUCUCCCCACAGGAGGUCUGUAGGAAGGGGGGCUUCUGUGAGGAGUGGAGAGAGCCUGCCCACCGGCUGGCUCAAGUGGCCGCUGUGGAUGGAGUCCCCUCUCUGGAGCUGGAGCUACCGAAGAAGAAUGAGAUGCAAAUGGAGUUGGGCCUGACCUGUGAUGUCUGCUUGAAUGUGAUCCAGGAGGUGGACAAAUGGCUCAUGACCAACAGCACAGAAGCCCUCAUCACCCAUGCCCUAGAGAGAGUGUGUUCCAUAAUGCCAGAAUCUCUAGUCCAGCAGUGCAUCACCCUGGUGGAGACCUACAGCCCCAGCCUGGUACAGCUUGUGAGCAGAGUCACCCCAGAGAAAGUGUGUGAGACCAUCAGGCUGUGUAACAGCAAGAGGCAGGCCAGGUCCAUCCCCAAGGCUGAGGCAACCACACCGUCCCUGCUGGUGGAUGAAGAAAACUAUGGCAGCUUCUGCCAGGGGUGCAAAAGGAUACUGGGCGUAUCUUCCCAGAAUCUGGACCGCAAGAGCACCAAGCGGGACAUCCUGAAUGCCUUCAAAGGUGGCUGCCGAAUCCUGCCACUGCCCUACGUGCUACAGUGCCACCGGUUCGUAGCGGAGUAUGAACCUGUGCUUCUAGAGAGCCUCAGGUUCAUGAUGGACCCCAAUGACCUGUGCAAGAAGAUGGGGGCCUGCCACAGCCCCAAAGUCCCACUUCUAGGCACAGAUCAGUGUGUCAUAGGCCCCAGCUUUUGGUGCAAGAGCCCAGAGGCCGCUGAGAUGUGUGAUGCCCUGGAGCACUGCCAGCGCCUUGUGUGGAAAAAACCAGCUUCCGAAGUCAAAGAUCAGCCAUGA